AUGGGAAAUUCUGUAAUUUUCCCUGAAGAGUUGAUUUUAAGAUAUUAUGCGAUGGAAUGCGUACAGGUGUUAGACAAAUCUGGAAAAGUCGUCUAUGUGUUUGAAUCAUUCGGCAGCGCAGUACAUAUUGGUCGUGACCAGAAAAAGUGUGCCAUAGCUCUACCUGUUGAUGCUCAAGGAGUUUCUAGAGUUCACGGUUCGCUUGCUUGGAGUGGUCAGGGUGAGCUUACGUUCUCUGACACGAGCACGUAUGGGACGCUAGUUGACGGGACGUUGGUGAAAGCGACAAACAAAGCUGUUAACGAUAAAUCACAUAUUUUGGUUGGGGACGUGGAGCUUAUUAUCUCCUUCGUCCCUCAGACAUCUACCAACACAUCUUCGUCUAAUAGUUCCACAGCAUUCCUUAAGGGUUCAAGUGCGAAGAGAAAAAGUGUACUUACUGAUUCCCUUUCAAACGAAAAGAAGCGAUCCAAGCUGGAGCCACCACAGUCGCAAAAGAUCUCUUCGUUUUUCCAAAAGGGAUCUAACACAACAGAAUAUGACACCCUUAUGGUUCUAGCUGAAGAUACUCCACGGAGCCAAAGCUCCAAAAGUAGGAAAGGUGCCACUCAGAACUUGAUUUUUUUCGUUAGUGACUCGGUAGAAGAUCCACCUGAUGGCAAAUCAACUUUGAGUAAUAUUAAAACCGAUAAUCAAUCUGCAGCCAAACAUGAGCUGUCUUUUUUAGCCACUGCUGUUCCUCGCAGAAAAAAGCAGUGCAUAUUCGAUGUUAAUAAACGUAAUGUUUCACGCCAAUCAUUGUCAGUAAUUGUUGAAGACACCCAGUUGAAGCCAACCACCUGUAAUGAAUUCAAUUCUAAGAAAGCCACGGCAAAAUCAGUCAACGUAACAUGCGUUGCGGAUACCUGCGAGCAAAAUAGUUUCAGCACAAGUUCUUGUUCAUUAAGAGCAGAAUUGAUGACAUCAAACGCAAAAACAUUCGAAAAUGCGACCUCCAAUGUUACGGAAGUCGAUGAAGGACAUGUAUCGUCGCUACCUUACAGAACAGAACGGUUAUCCUCAAAAGAUGUAUCGGAAAAGUCCGUUCUUUCUGUGCCGGUAAAGAAAGCUAGGGUUCUUGAUUUGUUUCCAUCGCAGGAAGCGCAUUAUGUCAAACUUGAUGAUACUGCUAACGUUUCACAUGAAGUUGCAAAAGAUCCGGAUUUGAGCGAUAUAUUGAAAGUAGUUUCAACCGGAAAGCAGUACGAUAAUUCGGGAGACGCCGAAGACAGUGACGAGGAGAAAGGACUGGAAAUCGCACGCGUUGUUUCCAAGUUGAGCCAACUUGUACACUAUGCUGAUAUCGAACGUGUUCCAAAACGCCCUACUAUUAGUUGUGACGAUUCGGAUCACAGGGCUGCCAACUUCAAGCGAUUUAAGAAGGCAAGGCAAGGACGGUUCAAUACCUCUUUGUCUUCUGCAAAUAUUUCAUGCUUGGUAGCCGGUAAUGCCGAUCUCGUUGACUUUAGACAACUAUCUUGA